AUGUGGUGGUGGACAAAACCGUUGCUGGCGACCACGGUAUGCAGCCUUCUUCUAUUAUUAUGGAUGCCAUCGGGUUGUGAAGCUGACGAUGAUAAUCCUGUAACUUCACGGUUUCACUGUUUGAAAAAUGGAUGUUGUGACCAUCACGAGUGGUGCAGAUUUUGGGCGUCAGUAGGAGAAUGCAAGACCAAUGCGGAUUGGAUGGUUGACAAAUGUCAGCUUGCCUGCAACACGUGCACAAGAAAGAACGUCAUCCGACCAACACCAAGACCUUCAAACCGUCCGAGAAGGCCACCACCACGUAAACUUGCAGCUCCCCCCACAGCUCCAGUUGUUACAACCACACCAGCUCGCCGAGCUCCACCACAAUCCCGUCCACCACCAGUAACUCGCCGACCAACAUUUACAGCUACCGCCAUUCCCAGGUUAGUUUCCGCUCGUUUUUUCUUGUUACACGCACACGCACGACAUCAUCAUGGCAUAUCUCUUUCAUGCUUUUCCACUGAGCAGUUGUAUGCUCAUUGUCUUUCUCUCGUGUUCGCUUCUAUUUUUUUGGCCCAAGUGUCUGCGAGAAGUACAAAUAAAAACUGGUUAGGAAACGAGAAAAAAAAGGGAAUAGAAAAUUUUAAAAGAAUGAUACCUUUCCUUUUUGGGUCCUUUCUAACGCUUAUUGUAGAGCCAGCAGCACCCACUUCACCUAUCCUUUUACAAACCGCACGUCCUCCGAUCCGGGUUGCUAGUUCAUUUGGUGGAUCGAGAGGGAGGAAAGUGACGAGAAAGUUCUUUUUCUUUUUCAAUAGUACAAGAACUAUUGCUUUGACUACUACUACUCCAAUACCUACAACUCCCUCGACGACUACCACAACCACAACUCUUCUACUACAACUACAACCACUACGACGACUCCAAUUCCAACAACAACGACUACAACUACAACUACCCCAGCUCCAACGACUACAUCUUCUACUACAACUACAACCACAACGACCACAACCCCUGCACCCCAAUUUAUUCCGUCUUUCUCUGACGGCGCUUCUGAUGACGCUUCCGGUCCUUUCCUUGCUUUUGAAGGCACCACUAAGACUUCCUGUUACACGUCGUCCGUUCAUGAAUCGCCGGCCACCUCCACCUCGUCAACGACCAAAUAUCAUCCGACCAACGAUCCGUCCAACUCCUCGUGUGUUCACAGUAACAACCCCAAUUCCAACGUUUGCGUUUGUUCCUGACAUAGCUCCAGUGACACGAUUCUUUGUUCAAAGACCAGCAGUUACAAGAAGACCUCCAGUGUUUUUCACUACCAGACGGACAUUCCCACCACCUCCACCACCAACCACGACGACUACAACAACGACGACUCAAGCACCAGCAACGACUCAUUUUACCAGGGAAUUCACACAACCACCAACUACUAGAUCCUUCAUUAACACUGCUUCGAAUGCAAGAUGUCGGGAAAUCAUCAAUGAUCCCAUCGUGGCAGCAGAGGACAUGUGGAGAGAACGUCUCUCGGUUUCUACCGAAGACAAUUCCCGUCGUCAAACAGUUGAUCUAGAUCAAGUGAUUCGUUCCAACACUGCCAAUGCAUGCACCCCUAGGCUUGAUGAAGCUGAUUGUGAAGCCAACAUGUGUUACAAUGCCCUCUACCGUACUCUUGAUGGAACUUGUAACAAUAUGAAGGGAGAACCUUUGAGAGGAGCUUCAUACCGCCCAUAUACCAGACUGCUUCCGACUAUUUAUGAUAAUGAAGUUUCCGAACCAGUUGGAUCUCUGUUCACAGAUGCUCGUCCCUCUCCUCGAGAGAUUACUCGCAAGCUCACAUCUUCUCAAGCUUCGGUCGAGUCCCCAGACUACAAUGCUCUUAUCAUGCAAUUCGGACAGUUCAUCUCUCACGAUAUGGCUAAAACCACUCUUGUUCCAUCAUCAAAGUGUAAUGUCUGUCAAAACAUCACUAGUCGUUGUAUGGCUGUCCCAAUCACUUUUGAUGAUGCCAAUGCAAACUUCCGUCAAGCUCAAUGCAUCCGUGUCUCUCGAUCCUCUCCAAUCUGUGGAUCAGGAAAUUUGAAGCCACGUCAACAACUGAAUGAGAAUACUGGAUACAUUGAUGCUUCUCCAAUCUACGGAUCCUCUGUCCAUGAUUCUAAAAAGUUUAGAGAUGGAACAUCUGGCUUCUUGAAACUUCCAAUGUUCAACGGAAAUGCUUUCCUUCCAUUCGAUCAAAACAAGUGUAGAAACCGUGCUCAAUGCUCAGUAAUCUUCACAGCAGGAGACAGUCGUGUCAAUCUGUUCGUCGGUCUUUCGGCAUGGCAUACCAUAUUCACAAAAGAGCACAACCGACUUGUCACCACAUUCAAGCGACUAAAUCCACACUGGGAUGGAGAACGUCUCUAUCAAGAAGCAAGAAAAGUAGUUGGAGCUCAAGUUCAAGCAAUCGUUUAUCGGGAGUGGCUUCCAAAAGUGCUCGGAGCAUCGUUUGCUACAGUAGUCGGAGAUUAUAGAGGAUAUGAUUCUGACGUGGAUUCAACUGUUGCAAAUGAAUUCACUUCUGCUGCAUUCCGUUUUGGACAUGGAAUGAUUCAAGAGUUCUAUCAACGACUUGACACUUCUUUCCGUAAUAUUUCAUUCGGAGCACUUGCAUUCCAAAAGGGAACACUUCAUUCGGAUGUUCUAGUCAACGAGGGAGGAGUCGAUCCAUUGAUCAGAGGAAUGUUCUCACAAAAUGUGAAGAGGCCGCAGAGAGUAACAACUACAGUAACCGAAAACAUGUUCGGAUCCACCGAUCUGUCCACAAUCAACAUUCAACGAGGAAGAGAUCAUGGACACCCAGCAUACGUCAAAUAUAGAGAGUUGUGUGGAAUGGGAUCUGCCUUCAAUUUCGAACAUUUAUCUCGAGAAAUUUUGAAUACAGGAACAAGGAACAAAUUGCAAGAAAUCUAUGGAUCAGUGGAUAAGAUUGAUUUGUGGGUGGGUGCAUUGCUGGAAGAUCCGAUCAUUAGAGGAUUGGUCGGACCAACUGUCGCCUGUAUUAUUGGUCCUCAAUUUAAGAGAACAAGAGAUGGAGACAGAUUCUACUACGAGAACCCAGGAAUCUUCUCUCGUCGUCAACUGGUGGAAAUUCGUAAGAGCUCGUUGAGCAGAAUCAUUUGUGAUAACACAAACACAAUUUCUACAAUUCCACGAGAAGCGUUCCGAGUAGGGCAUAUGGUACCAUGUAGUCAGAUUCCAUCAAUGGACCUCAAUCAGUGGCGCGACUUUUAA